CUGUCGGCAAGAGGAAGCGCUCCUGGCCCCGCAGUAAACGGCCUCCUGCCGCAGGGGCGGCCACGGUAUGGGCUCCCCGAUGGAGCGAAGGGCCAAAGGGAAUCUCGAUCUCUAUCCUCCAACUGGCGGCUGCCCUAGGGGUCCAGUGCUACACAUCGUGGUGGUCGGCUUCCAUCACAAGAAGGGCUGCCAGAUUGAGUUCUCCUAUCCUCCUCUAAUUCCUGGAGAAAGCCAUAAUAGUAAUAGUUUGCCGGAGGAAUGGAAAUACCUGCCUUUUCUUGCGUUGCCAGAUGGUGCUCACAACUAUCAAGAAGACACAGUGUUUUUCCAUUUGCCACCAAGAAGUGGUGAUCGAGGCACAAUAUAUGGGGUCUCUUGUUAUAGGCAAAUUGAAGCUAAGGCAUUGAAAGUACGACAAGCAGACAUUACUCGAGAAACAGUACAGAAAAGUGUAUGUGUUCUAAGUCAGCUGCCUCUAUAUGGGCUACUUCAAGCUAAGUUGCAGCUAAUUACACAUGCCUACUUUGAAGAGAAAGACUUCUCACAAAUUUCAAUUCUUAAGGAACUUUAUGAACACAUGAAUAGCUCACUGGGAGGGAGUUCACUGGAAGGGUCACAAGUUUAUCUUGGCCUGUCCCCACGAGAUCUUGUUCUUCAAUUUAGACACAAGGUUUUAAUUAUUUUUAAGUUGAUUCUUCUAGAAAAAAAGGUUCUGUUUUAUAUCUCUCCAGUUAAUCGGCUGGUGGGAGCAUUAAUGACUGUCUUAUCACUAUUUCCUGGUAUGAUAGAACAUGGUCUUACUGAUUGCUCACAGUACCGACCAAGAAAAAGCACAUCAGAGGAAGUUGGACAAGAAGUUUCUCCUCCUUCCAGUUACUGUGUUUCUUUGUCUGCUCUGACGCUUUCAAAUGCUAAUUUUGACACAGUUGGGGAAGGCAAAAAAUUAUCAAGAAACCAAGAAAGAGAUACUCAGAGAGCAAAUGUACCUUUAUUUCAAGUUGAGCAUCAACCCUGUGAAUUUCAUGUCUCCCAGGAUCAUGGACAGUACUUGAAACCUUCUUCACACACUUCUCCAGAAUCUUCUGAAAGUGACUGGGAAACCUUAGAUCCCAAUCUCCUAGAAGACCCUAACUUGAAAGAAGGAGAAUGUGAAAUUACUUCAGUAGCAGGAGAGACUGAAUUUCUUCUGCAGGAAUCAGUGAUUUCCAAAAGUGUUCCAAUUACUAUUCAGCCUCAGCCUAAUACAGGACACACAGUCCUUGCACCUGGACUUAUUUCUGGUUUGGAAGAAGAUCAGUAUGGUAUGCCAUUAGCUGUCUUCACCAAGGGAUACCUUUGCUUGCCAUACAUGGCGCUGCAACAGCACCACCUUCUUUCUGAUGUAACAAUCCGCGGUUUUGUUGCAGGAGCCACCAAUAUCCUCUUCCAUCAGCAGAAACAUCUGAGUGAUGCUAUUGUAGAGAUUGAGGAAACUCUUGUCCAAAUCCAUGACCCAGACUUGAGGAAGGUCUUAAAUCCUACAACAGCUGACCUGAGAUUUGCAGAUUUCUUAGUGAAGCAUGUAACUGAAAACAGGGACGACGUCUUCCUGGAUGGCACUGGCUGGGAAGGAGGGGAUGAGUGGAUUCGAGCCCAGUUUGGCUCAUAUCUCCAUGCCCUCCUUGCUGCAACAGUAGAGCCAGAUAGUGAGAAAAUAUUGUCUGACUUUGGAACAGCCUUUGUAGCAGCUUGGAAAAAUACCCAUAAUUAUAGAGUCUGGAACAGUAAUAAACACCCAGCCCUCACAGAAGUAAAUCCUAGUCAUCCAUUCCAAGGACAAUAUUCUGUUUCCGAUGUAAAAUUAAGAUUAUCACAUUCUGUUCAGAACAGUGAACGUGGUAAGAAGAUUGGAAAUGCCAUGGUUACCACUAGUCGAAAUGUUGUGCAGACAGGAAGAGCUGUUGGUCAAUCAGUUGGAGGAGCACUCACCAGUGCAAAAUCAGCAGUGUCUUCAUGGCUUUCCACUUUCACCCAGUCGUCUCAAAGCCUUGGGGAAUAAUUCUUCUGGGCUAAGUUCUUGCAUUUAUUUUAAGAAACCAAAAGUCUUUGCUAUAAAACCAUAGGCACUUGAAUUCAAGCUGCAUGAAGAUGAAUGGUCUUUGAGCUGCACCACAGGAUAUAAUUUGGCAACUGCUUUAAUGCUUCUUUGCUUUAUGUUUGAACCUUAUUGCAGGUUUAUUUUCCAAUGUAAGUUGUAUUUUGGAGGAUGGUGAUCUGUCAAGUUAGCUGUAUUUUAAGUUAAAUUGUUUUGCAUUGUUUUUAAGAGUUAAAUUAUAUUUCAGUAUGGAACAUAAUAGUGUAUAUGGAGGUAAUAUUUCAACAU